UCUUACUGUAGAUGGGGUGUUAAGAAGCCUCAAAUCAUGAAAAAUUUUGUCACGAUCUUGUCGAAUGCAGGUCUUGGGAUGGCCAUGUUCGGUCUCGGUAAGAUCAUUGAUAUGCUCAUCAUGUUCAGUCUCGGUAAGAUCAUUGAUAUGCUCAUUCGACGUGAGGGGUGUCAUCAAGAAAUAUGACAGUCCCGAACAAAUUCUUGAAGAAUUCUUUCAUUUAAGACUUGAGUUCUAUGUAAAGAGAAAGAAAGUAAUGUUGGAUAAUCUUGAAAUAAAGCUGUUGAGAUUGUCUAACAAAGUCAGAUUCAUCAUUGGGGUGGUAGAAGGAGAGAUUAUUGUGAGUAACAGGAAGAGAGCAGAUCUGGUCCUCGAGUUGCAGUAGAAGGGUUUCACACCGUUCUCUAAAACCAAAGGCGUUGAUACCAGCGAGGCAAUGGAAACAGAAGAAAAUGAAGAGACACCGGAGGUGGGAAUAGUUGUAAGAGCAAGUGAUUAUGAGUAUUUACU